CUGAUACGAUUAAAAGUGAUAUUUCAAAAUUGUUUAAAGAAUAUCAGGAAAAGAUUAAAAAAAUAUUACAGGAUGUUUCAGGCAAAAUAAGUUUUACCAUAGAUGGAUGGACUUCACCAAACAUACUUAGUUUUUUAGGAAUAACGUGUCAUUAUAUUGAUGCUGAUUGGAAAGUUCAAAAUAUACUACUUGAUUUUGUUAGUUUAUCGGGUCCUCAUUCAGGAGAAAAUAUUGCAAAUGCUUUUUCCAAAUGUCUUCAAGAAAUGAAUUUAUUAACAAAA